GCAAAGGCAAAAGAAGCAGAGAAGCCAAAGGUGGAGCCAAAGAUUGCAAAGGCAGAAACUGUCGACAAGCGUCAGAAGGAGGUGCGGAUUGAUGCCACCACCAUGGUGCCUACAGAUCUGUAUUGGAGUCUCCUUCGUGCGGGCGAACGUGCCAGGAAUAUCGGGCAACAUCAACUGCGGGCGACCAGGCAAUAGCUGCAUUUGCCGCAAGCGGCGUGAGAACAAUGUGGGGCCUCUUUUGCGUGGCAGGGGUGGCGUGAUAUGGCGUGACAUGGGAGGAUCACGUGAGAUGCGAAUUGAGAACUGGUUAGCCAUUGAGAAACUGGAGGAGGAGGCGGAGGAGGAGGAGGAGGAAGAGGAGGCGGAGGAG